ACGUGUUCCUGGGCCAGUUCAACAUGUUUCAGGUGAUCCAGGCGUGUGUCCGCCGGCGGUUCUGGAGUUCCGCUCGUUUCACGGUCCGCUUUCCUGGUUUGACACGACAACUCUGUAACGAAGACAGGGGGACAGUUCGGGGCUGCGUCGUGGACUCGAACCUGGAGGAACAGUUCGUUUUUGUGGACUGUACAGACUCAGACGUGGACCCACGCCAGGAGGAGAACCUCCACCAGUUCAGCCUCCAAACCUCCCCUACUCCUCCUGCACAGAGGCACCCCAGGUCUCUGCAGCAGCAGCAGCUCCAGCUGUUGAGGAAAAAGACCUUGAAGGAGCCUGACCCCAGUGUUGUGAUCCAGUUCCACGACGUGGACUAUCCAGUGGAUGGAAACAUUGUAGCAGCACAGAAGAAGAAGAAGAAGAAUGCAGGUAAAGGUGAGCAUAAAGUGUUUGGGACCCCUGAUGCAGACGAGCCAUUCAGUGACACCAGCUGCUCCGGCUGCGGCGCCAUCCUGCAGUGUGCGAGCCCACAUCAGCCCGGUUACUUGCCCAGUGAGAAAUACAAGACCCUGCUGCAGGAGGAGGGUCUGAACGGGGCCACAUGUCAGCGCUGCCACCUGCUCACCCACCACCACAAAGCCCUAGCCCUGCAGAUAUCCAGAGACCAGUACCGGGCUGUGGUUCAGCAGAUCCGGCCCCACCAGGCCCUGGUGCUGCUCAUUGUCGACCUGCUGGACGUCCCUGAAUCGGUUGUCCCCGACCUGCCAGAGCUGGUGGGCGAUAACAAACACGUCGUCGUCCUCGGUAACAAGGUGGACUUACUGCCUGGAGACUCGCCCAACUACCUGCAGCGGAUCAAAAGGCAGUUGGGUCAGUACUGCAGAGAUGCCGGCUUCAUGGACCAAGUGACAGAUAUCCACCUGAUCAGUGCCAAGACUGGCUAUGGUAUCGAGAACCUGAUCUCCAGUCUGCAAAGUUCUUGGAGGUACAAAGGUGACGUGUACUUGGUGGGAAACACCAACGCGGGGAAGUCGACCCUGUUCAACACGCUGUUGGAGUCCGACUACUGCAAGAGUAGAAGCUCAGAGCUCAUUUCCAAGGCCACCAUUUCCCCGUGGCCCGGCACAACUCUGAACCUCCUGAAGUUCCCCAUCAUCAACCCCACUCCGUACCGGAUGUUUCGACGCCAGAAGCGACUGAAUGAAGCAUCGCAGCAGACGGAGAGCGAGUUGUUGGAGAACGAGCUAAAAAGACUAAGGACGCUGAGCCGGUGCGGAUACGUAGCGGGUCGCAUUGGCAGAACGUUCCGCUUUGACGCUGGAUCCAGACCUGACGAGAUCCAGUUUGAUCCAGACAGAUUGGCUUUUGGAGACAGGGAGACGAGGACAGCUUCCAGCAGGCCCAAAGAUGACUUUACCUACAAUGAGCUUAAAGACGCCCACUGGCUGUACGACACCCCAGGAAUCCUCAAGGAGCGUGACAUCCUGGCGCUGCUCAGUGAGGAGGAAGUCCGUUUGGUGGUUCCCUCUCGGGCGAUCAUCCCCCGAACCUUUGUGCUCAAGCCUGGAAUGAGUCUGUUUGUUGGGGCUCUAGCCCGAAUCGACUUUUUGCAGGGAGCGAAGUCCUGCUGGUUUUCAGUUGUGGCUUCCAAUCGUGUUCCAGUUCACAUAACCAGUGUGGAGAAAGCGGAGGGUGUUUAUGAGAAGCACGCUGGUCACAUCCUGCUGGGGGUGCCUGUAGGAGGACCUGAGCGAAUCAAGAAGUUUCCGGUUCUGGUUCCUCAGGAGUUUGGACUGGAGGGUCGUGGCUACCUGGAGGCUGCUGCUGAUGUCAAACUGUCGUCUGCAGGUUGGGUGGCUGUGACAGCGGCUGCAGGCGACCAGGUCUCGUUGAGGGUUCACGGCCCAGAGGCGGCAGGCUUUGGUCUCAGGUCACCUCCCCUUCUUCCCCGUAUCGUGUCGCUGAAGGGAGAACGCAUCAGAGGAAGUCCCGCCUACAAACCGAUGAAAGCGGCCGUGCUGCUGGACGCUGGACUCUCAGCCCACGGCGCCACAAGGCCGCAUAACAAGCACAAGCCACUGACUCUCUGAUGCACAGACCAGGCUUCCAGACAGAACCCAGAAUUUUUUCAACCCAGCCAUGGACAGACAGAUUCAGGUUGAUUUAAGGGUAACAUUUCAAAUCCUUGUUUCGCUGCAGAACACACUCACAGAAGCUGUGACAACUUGGAGAAUCUUUAUUUGAGUGAGAUUAAACAAACCAUGACUACACAA